AUCUGUGAUCAGCUGCUGAGUAAACACACAGAUCGAAGAUGUCAACAAAUGCAGAAAAAGUUACAGAACUUCGAGAAAGAGGCAAUGAGUGCAUGCGUGCCAGUAACUAUGCGGAGGCAGUAUUGCACUAUUCACAUGCUAUCAAACUUGAUAGUAGCUCACCACAGUUAUAUAGUAAUCGUUCCUAUGGGUUCCUGAAGCUCCAGCAUUUCUACCAUGCGCUUGAAGAUGCAAAUGAGGCGAUCAGGUUGGAUCCAAAUUGGGCUAAGGGAUAUUUUCGCAAAGCAGAGGUGGAGUUUGCCACCAAGCACUAUGAGGAUGCGCUCGAGUCUUACAGAUGUGCGUCUCAGCUGCAGAAGGACCCCACGCUGCUUGAAUGCAUACUGAGAGCCAACAAAGAGAUGAUGCGACAGAAUAAAGUGGACCAGCAAACUCCAUGGGUGGCAGCAGGGAUCGGCCUUAUUCUUGGAGUGCUGGUGGUGGUGGGGGAUGCGGUUCUCGCAGACGAGCCCAUGCUUACGCAUCCAGUCCUACAGUCUAUCAUCACCAUCGUGUUCUCGGUGCUGGGCCUCAUGUUGGGCUAUUGCUAUCGGUGGUACAUCAAAAACCAGCGUAAGGCCUUGUUAGAGCCACCCAUAGACUUAUUAGGUGAGAGUGAAGCCAAGGACGGAGCAGCAGAGGGUGAAGAGAAGGCCACAGAGGAGAAUGCCCAGGAGGAAACCCGUUCCCACACUCGAUACAGCAAAGCCCAGGCAAGAUACCGUUAUAAAAAGGGCAAGUCAUAGAGAGAAGUGUCCUGAGGGCUAGAUCUGCGAUGUACAUAUGCACCAGACACUGUUGCAUCUGCUCACCAGGGAUCAACUUACAUUUUGGUACAUAU